CCCACGUGUUGUCACAGCUGAUUUCCUGUGGCAAUGUUUAUGUCAGUUUCCCGAGGCGAUCGGCGAACAUGAACCCCUGAAGGAGAGCGGAGAACGGAGAGCGGCGGCGGAGGCUCGGAGCCGAGAUGGCCGAACCCAGCUCGCUUGUUGUGCAGGACGAAAACAACUGCCCCAUUAAAGUGGUCCACGACCGCAGGAGAAGGCAGUUCCAGGUCCGGCUGAACGAUUCGCAUGAGCGAGCGGUGCUUUUGUAUGAGUACGUGGGAAAGAAAACCAUCGACCUGCAGCACACUGAAGUCCCUGAUGCCUACAGAGGAAGAGGAAUAGCCAAGCUGAUGGCUAAGGCUGCCCUGGACUUCAUAGUCGAGGAGGAUCUACGCGCUCAUCUGACCUGCUGGUACCUCCAGAAGUACGUCAAGGAAAACCCACUGCCUCAUUACAUGGAACGGAUACAGCAGAGGGCGCCCACGGAUUUUCACCUCCGCUAGAAUCCCGGAGGUCCUGCCUGCAGGGAUAACUGCUACGUACUUGACAUUUCCUUUCUUUUAUUUUUGGUGGGUGGUGGGGAUAAGGGCGUUGUGGGGUGUUGUAUUAGUGUUUGCCGUGUGAUUAAAAAUGCAAAAAAAAAAAAACUUUUGAGUGGGGAGAUGCAAGUAACAUUUUCUGAACCUGAGUUUCCAUUGUGCAGGAUGUGUCCCUUUCAAUAUCUGUUGGAAUCUUGACCACAAACAGAUUGAAUUUCCUCGUGCAGCGAGAUCUGUUACUGGCCAGGAUUGUACUAAAUUGUAGGUUCCAACGUCAUUACUAAAAAGGGAUUAUUACUUUCCGUACCUUGCCCAUUGAAGUGGUGAGGGAUAGUGUGGAGGGAGGAUGGGUGGACUGGGGGAGAGGAGGAGAGUGACUGAGGAAUAGUGAUCUGAGAGAGAUGAAGUGGAGGAAAGUAGUAUGGACUGGGGAGAUGGAGGCAGGGUGGAUGGAGGAAACUAGGUUGAUAAUGGAGAGAAUCACUGUGGAGUAAAGGGCUUUAAUAUGCCUGAUGGAUACCAGUUACAUUGGGUCUGAGUGAUGGAAGCAGCCAGACAACAUUUAUCAAACAUUACCACAUUCAAAAACAAUAGAAAUAGAAAAACAGGAGGAAAAAAAACAGCUGAUGAAAGGAAGUGAGCAAUCGGAAUGAAAUGAGUGAGGGGAGUGACAAUGGAGGAGGGUGAAUUGUGGUGACAAUCCCUGAGUCACACACGGACUGAAGGGAAGGCAGCCAAGAGGCACUGAGACCACCUGAACAGAGAGCUGGAGAAGGAUGAUGGGAGGGCACAAGUUCCUGCUCGAAUCCAAAGGUCUCUAAGCCACAACAAGAUAAAAGUGACCUGGACCCCAGCGAGGCAGCAGAUUGGCUUUGAGAAGAAUGAGAACAUCAACUCUUGUGCUUGUGCUAAGACUCUAAUGCACCAGAAACACCCGUGUUGCUUUAGAAGGGCAGAACAAUGUCAAGUGGACUUUUGCCAACUGUUUCACUUUUCUUGGGGGGUAUUUAAAGAAAGAGCUAGAUUUUAAAUCUAAUCUUUUAUGAGCUUGGAAUGCUGCAGAGUACUCGCGACCAAAUAAUUACCUUUUUGAAGUGCAGUCAGUGUUGUAAAAUUGCUACAUGAAACGGCCACUUUAGACACAGCAAGCUCCCACAAGCAGCUCCAAGGUAGAAGUGAAGACCUUAUCACAUUGAGGGUGCACCUACACUGAGGGUGUACCUACACUGAGUGUGUACCCACACUGAGCGUAGGCCACAGUGGUGUAACCUAACUCUGACAUGUAGGUCAGACGUGCUAGCCUACAUGUAAGACAUUAGACUGAGGCCCCCCUGCUCUCUCAAGAGCCUGUGACACUAUCAUGGACCCAAAGGGAUUUAUUCCUGGACUUCUGGCCAAUAUUUAACCUUUGAUAUGACUUUAGCAAAGCAGAAGAUAGAGUCAUUAUCAUAUUCCAGUUAAUGGGAUCUUAGUCUGUACAAAUGGACUGCCAUGUUAAUUGACAUUCCCAGAGCAACUCCAGUUGCAUUGGUUGCACAAAAUUCAGAUUGUGAAAGUUGCUCCAGUUAAAAAUCAACUUCAUGCAGAAGUUAAAUUUAAAAGAUAUAUGUAUUCAACAGUUCUGGUGGCUACAUGGUGAUAUAAGUAGUAGUGAGAAAACAGGGGGUUGCUUUCCUGUUGAUGUGCAACUAGUUAUUCAAAGGAACCUGGACAUCAUGGUUUAACAAAGACAGCUGCUCCAGCAGGGAAGCCCUUUGAACCUAAAUGGAGAUUUUAUAUUAGGGUGGUGCCAAUUACCCGAUUUACUCAUGUACCGCCACAUUGGAGAGAAAAUAAAUUACUGAUGGUAAACUCAUUCUGGGGUUUGUAAUGCACCUCCUGUAACUUUAUUUACCUACAUAGCAUCAGUUAGGGACAGAUCUGGAACAAAUGCGUUGGGUUCCUCUUGCCAGUGGAGCAAACAGCUGUAGGAACAAGAGCAUGCCUGAUGCAUAUUACAGUGAGUUUUUUUAAACCUUGCGAGAAAAUAUCAUUGCCUUUUGCUUGAAUGCAAACAAUGACCCCAUCACUUUAAAUGAACACACUGAAGCUUUGGUGAGUAAAGGAGACUACUCCAACCCAUGGAUAAUGUUAUCUCUUUUAACUCUUCCUUCCACCUUAUAAUACCCAGGUAAUAAAAGUGAACCCAUAAUUCAUCCCGACUCUUGCAUCUUUAACACUCGGCUAUUUGACUGCAAGAUUCUGGGCUGAUAGACCAAGAGGUGACAGAUGAAUUACUUUAAGGAAAGGUAGACACGAAGUGCUAGAGUAACUCGGUGCAUCCGUCAGCAUCUCUAGAGAAUAAUGAUGUGUGACAUUUCGGGUAGAGACCCUUCUUCAUGUGAAGAUGGGUCCUGACCCGAAGUGCCACCCAUCAUUUUUCUACAGAGAUGCUGCCUGAUCCGCUCGGUUACUCCAGCACUUUGUGUCUAUCUUCGGUAUAAACCAUCCUCUGCAGUUCUUUGUUUCUAAAAUUACUUUUAGGAGUUUUUAAAAGUUUUCCAUAUGCAGGAGUCAACCCAGGUGGGAAUUGGUAAUCUAAUGGGCUCUCAAAAUUGAUGCAAUCUGAUGCAAUCGUUUUACUCCAGGAAGACCCUAAAGGAUGGAUAACAUUUCCAUAGGUGAUAGAGUUUAACUCGGGAUAUUCCAAAGGAAGACUAAUGGAUGGAUGACAUAAUGGGUGGGGACCGUUCUGAAGUCUUCAUUCCACAUUUUGUGUUCCUGGGGUGCAAUGUUCUCCAAGAUCUGCUGCAUUUUCACUUCCCUCAUCUGGGAGCCUCUGGACCGAUUUUAGUGACGUGUUUUAUCCAAGAAGUCAAAAGAAUUCCCACCCAAACAGAAAAUGAAGGGCUAAUCCAGUUGAAGGUUUUAAAAAUAGAGACCCACACACACCCAGUCAGGCAGCAUCUGUAGACAGAGAAAGAGUUAAUGUUUCAAGUCAAUGAUCUUUCAUCCGAAGAACUGAACCGUUAACCGUUUCUCUCUUCACAGAUGCUGCCUGGUCUGCUGAGUGUUUCCAGCACGUCUGCUUUUAUUUCAGAUUCCGGGCAGUUUCUUGAGUGUGUUUACCAAGUUUGAAAGAAAUUGUUUUUUUUGUGGAGGAGGCUGGGGUCUGGAUCAAGAGUCUUACACUUAGAGGCAGGCUGAUGAGGAAGCCUUUAUUACAAUGUAAAUCAGGAACCCUCUCCAUCUCAAGAAACUGGGCAAGACAAUAUUCCAAACUAAAAUUACGAAUUGGUGGAGUCUGACGAAGGGUCCCAACCUGAAAGGUCUCCUAUCCAUGUUCUCCAGUGAUACUGCCUGACCCGCUGAGUUAUUCCUGCACUUUGAGUCUCUUUUUGUAAACCAGCAUUUACAGUUCCUUCCUUCUCCAUUGGCAGUUGUUGCUUUCAAAGGAUGUAGAAGCAGAAUGAAUAGAUGGGGUUAAGGAACAGCUCGGGAGAUGAACCCUGAGGAGAUGGCCUCCUUCCAUUCCCUGCCUGCUGCCCAUAGCCCACCUUUCUGAAACCUGAUAUCCCCAAUCCCAUCUUUCAACACCUACAGUCUCUCCAGUCUUGCCCACUGUGUUGAUGCUAUGUAACGUUCUCUGUGGUGAGAUGAUCUCUCCAGUGUAAACUUUUCUGAGUGUUAUUUCAUACCUUUUUAUGUAUCUUUUAUGCACAGAAUCCAAUUAUUUAGUCUUUAGUUUUACAAAGAGAGCAAUAAAUUUCUAGCAAAUGGUAUCA